CAAAGCAGCAACUUGGGUAGGAACGAGAGAAGAGUUAGGUUGGAUGGGGAAGUACAAGUUUAGGUUGUCAGGUAUGAUACCAAAUGCCUGGUUUUACAAGCUCAAAGACAUGAGCAGCAACAGAUCAAAGCAUAACUCCUCUCAAUCGCAAUCCACCUCAAAGAAAAAGCUCAAGCCCACAACCAUAUCACCGCAGAAACCUCAAGUCUCGCAGCCAUUUUACUUCACCGACUUCAACCCGGAUUCCGCCAAACUUCAUGGAUUCCACAACCCACCCUUCAUCCAGAACUUCUCAGACACCCAUUUUUUGGAGCCAGCCAGAAAAUCCUCAAAGAGAAGAUCCCGAAGGAAAACCAUCUACAAGCCUUCCCCAAGAGUUGUCAACCCCGUCUCAGCUGCCUGUACAUGUCGUGUCUCUCCCAGUUCAGUUGGAACUCUGCCUCAUUCUCCAAAUUCCUCAUUCUCUUGUAUAGAGUACUCCCCUAGAACUGAGGCCUAUGACAGUCUUUCUGAAGCAGAGGGCGCCAACACGUUUUCUUCCGACUCCUUUGAUGAUUUAACCUCUUUGUCCAGCUCCUGCAAAUGCACACUCAGGUCUUCAAACAAUGACAUCAUCAUAGACAUGAAUGAUGAGUCGGUGGGAAGAAAAACUGACAAGCUACAUGGGUUUGACUGGAUAAGAGAGCUGGAUCAGCUUCCUCUGAUAUCGAGGAAGACAAUGAGACUCAAACAGAAGGCUACUGAAGGCACCAAGUUAAGAAGCUCAUCCAAAUGGACGAAAAUAAAAGCAAACAAAUCCCUCUCUGUCAAAACUGUGGAGGAAAACAUCAAGAAUGUAGAGAAACAGAAAACCAGUUAUGUUUUUCGGAAGCCAUCUGCAAGUCCAAUAAGUGUAAAACUGAGAGCUAAUUCACCGAGAAUCGGAAGAAGGAUUCAGUCACAUGCAAGAAGGAAUGUGCCAUCGGGCAUUAGAUUGAAGAGCAAGAAUAGUUGCCUUUUGGAGAGCGUUGCAAUGGUCAAGACAUCACAUAAUCCUCGAGAGGACUUCAGGGAAUCAAUGCUAGAGAUGAUUAUUGAGAAUAACAUCAGGAGUUCCAAGGAUUUGGAAGACCUUCUUGCUUGCUACCUCAUACUGAAUUCUGACGAAUAUCAUGAUCUCAUUAUCAAAACUUUUGAGCAUAUUUGGUUUGAUAUGGCUGAAUUUCGGAUCUGAAAGCAUCUCAGAUUAUGAAAUAUGUGAUAAAUGUAUAUCAUAGCUGACUAAAAUAAGAAACAUGUAGGUUUCUUUUUGUUUCUUUCUUUUC